AUGCGCGUCACCGCUUUCGCGCUCGCGACCACGUCCAUUCUCCAGCCCUGCACUGACAGCGUCUUAGAGGCUGCGGCAUCGACGGCAACGGGACUCCGUGCCCCGACUGUCGUUCCUGCAUUGGCCAACGGUCACGAUGACAUCUCGUUCAGCAGGUCCUUGAGGUCGAGCGUUCAAGGCAUCAGCAUGGGCGGAGGGCUUCUUGGCGAAGGUGUUGUCAAUAAGAUCGAGUCGGCUGUAAGCUCGGCCUUGGUCAAGUAUCAGCUGCAGGAGCAUGUCUUCAAUAAGCCUCAUAAUGUGUUCAGGGCUGCGUUUCCAGAAACUGUGGUGGACAAGACGUUGAUGAAGCAUCGAGCGGUGAGAGAGCUGGUAACUAUGUCGCACUACGAAGGUAUCAUCAAGACCCCUCUCUCGUUGGAAGACGAAUCUGAUUUGGCAAGGGACCUCGCCGGUCUGCUAUCGUCAGAGGACGAGAAGGUGCAACAUUUUGGGGAGGUGCACUUGAUGGUCCUGAUACGUCGGUGGGUUACGAGCAAGCGGGACCCUGUGGACGUAAUGAAGGAUCUGAAACUGCCUGGGCGUUCUAUUUACCGCUUCUUAAUGGGCGACAGUGCAGAAGACGUCGUGCUGAUGAAGUAUUGUGCACUUGCCAAGCCUGGAAAAGGUCCGGAUCUGUACGACCAACUUAUGAUUGAGAGCGUCGGAGGUCCCGAGAAUUUUCUCCGACUUAUGAGUGUCUCAUUCAUCUACCCGAAUUCUUUUGAUCGAUCGCUGAGGAUCAUCAAGGCUAGCAUGAAGGCCAAAGGUGUUAACCCUUCGAUAGGUAAGAAAUUUCUGUGGCAAUACAGAUCUGCCAGUACGUUCUACAACAAGAAGCUCGAGAAGUGUCAAUCACCACACGAAAUUUCUGUACUAAUACUGAGUCCAGGAGUAGGUCGCCGCCAGCGCCAACUGUUAAGCCUAGUAGAGCAGAUGAUUGAGAGCGCCAAACCUGUGAGCCGCCUCGUACUUUGA